AUGGACGUUCUCGACCGUAUGACCGCCGAGGAAUAUCAUGCGAACUUCCCAAGGACUUGCAAUAAGACCGUUCGGAUUCAGGCCUCUCCGAAUUCGGCCUUUCAAACCACUCCCUACGGGUUGAGACUCCUCGCCGAGGAAGGAAAAGGAUAA